AUGUGGGGAGCUUUCGAGCUUUCUGCUCUCUACAACAUAGAGAUUGCGGCACUUUCUGCCAAAUACCGAGUCCUAGACGGGCUCUUCCAGGCUUUAGCUGUGCGUGGCGGCGGUUUCUCCGUCGUGGCAUUUGAUGGACUGCCACAGGCAUUACUUAUUCUGUACGCCCUUAUGAUGUAUCUUUCAGCCUUCCCGGUAUCAACACUCAUCAGCGGAAGAGAAGCAGUCAAAGCGAGGUCCAUGAGUAUCUCCGAUAAAGAACUCGACGUCUCCAAAUGUCCUUCUUCAACCAUCGAUUUAAGUCCCUCAAGAUUUGCCCGCAGCCAAUUCUUCUGCCAACAACUUCGCACCCAAUUCAGUCACGACAUCUGGUUAAUUUCCUUCGUGGUCCUUCUUGUAACUAUCGCCGAGUCAGACCAUUACAAAGCCCAGCCCGUCGCGUUUUCCACUUUCAACAUCAUUUUCGAGGUUGUAUCCGCAUAUAGUUGCGUCGGUGUGAGCAUUGGAUACCCAGGCAAGAGCUAUGCCUUCUGCGGCGAGUGGCACACAUUCAGCAAACUUUUGUUAGUUGUUACCGCAUUGAAGGGACGUCACCGGGGUCUGGAUUUCUCCUGUGGCAAGGCCAUAUCGCUUGGUGGGUCUUUGGGGCCACCCGAGGAGAAGAUGUCGCAACAGGGCAAGGCUGGACCACCCUGUUGCGUUUAA